AUGUCUAUAAGCACUACUCCCUUUUUCCUGCCAGAAGAGGAAUUAGUGGCGAAAGAUCACCUUCUAGUGGCUCUGGGCGAUAGAAUUAAUCCUGUGGUAACAGAAUGGGGUGCUAUCGAGUCCAAAUUAACUGAGAUUGUUACGGAACACUUGCUCGCUAAUAGGACUAGCACGGCACCACGUUUUGACACUGCAAAGAUUAGCGGUGCAUGGGAAGGUUUAAGUCUUAAACUGAUCCCUGCUCAAGAAAUUCUUGUGAGACCGUGUGCACGAAUUCGAUUAUCAAAGAUGUUAACCGAUGCAAAUAAAAUGUUGGAGUGUUUAAUGCUGCAAAAUCCCAACAUUUAUUUGGAUGACUGGUCGCCAUCGCCGAAUUUGGGUUAG